AUGAGUGAGCGUUACGACGCGCAGGCGGUCGAGGCCAAGUGGCAGGCCGCCUGGGAGGAUGCGGGGCUGUUCCGGGCGGAGCGCACUGAUGGGCGCCCGACUUACUACGUCCUGGAGAUGUUCCCGUACCCCUCGGGCCGCAUCCACAUGGGCCACGUGCGCAACUACACGAUGGGCGACGUCGUCGCGCGCUACAAGCGGGCGCGGGGGUUCGACGUGCUCCAUCCCAUGGGCUGGGAUGCCUUCGGUCUUCCGGCGGAGAACGCGGCGUUCGAGCGCGGCGUCCAUCCUGCCGAGUGGACCUACGCGAACAUCGCGACGAUGCGCGGGCAACUGCGGCUGAUGGGGCUCUCGAUCGAUUGGGAGCGCGAGUUCGCCACCUGCCACCCCGGCUAUUACGCGCAUCAGCAGGCAUUGUUCCUCGACUUCUUCGAGGCCGGAUUGGUCGAGCGGAAGGAGGCGUGGGUCAACUGGGAUCCCGUCGACCACACGGUGCUCGCCAACGAGCAGGUCGUGGAUGGGCGCGGCUGGCGCUCGGGCGCGCUGAUCGAGAAGCGCAGGCUCGCACAAUGGUUCUUCCGCAUCACCCGCUUCGCCGACGAGCUGCUGGAAGCGCUGGAGGAAUUGCCGCGCUGGCCCGACAAGGUGCGGCUCAUGCAACGCAACUGGAUCGGGCGCUCCGAGGGCGCGCGUAUCCUGUUCCCCUUCGAGGGGCGCGACGAGGCGCUGGAGGUCUUCACCACCCGUCCCGAUACGCUGUUCGGUGCAUCCUUCUGUGCGCUCUCGCCCAAUCAUCCGUUGGCGACAUCGCUCGCCGAAUCCGAUUCGCGCUCGCGGCGUUCAUCGCCGAGUGCAACCUGGCUGGCGGUCCGGCAUCCGUUUGGCCGCGGCCGCACGCUGCCGCUCUAUGUCGCCAAUUUCGUGCUCAUGGACUAUGGCACCGGCGCGAUCUUCGGUGUCCCGCCCACGAUCAGCGCGAUCUCGAUUCGCCCGCAGCCAGGGCCUGCCCGUCAUUCCCGUGGUGUGCCCGCCGGCAUGGAUGCGGACGCAGUCGAGAUCGGCGAUGAGGCCUACGUCGGCGACGGCACGGCGAUCAAUUCCGACUUCCUGAACGGGCUCUCGGUCGCAGAGGCCAAGGCGCGCGCCAUCGCCGCGCUCGCCGAGCGCGAUGCCGGCGGAACCGCCGUCAGCUACCGCCUGCGCGACUGGUUGAUUUCGCGGCAGCGCUAUUGGGGCUGCCCGAUCCCGAUGGUCCACUGCACAUCGUGCGGCGUGGUGCCCGUGCCGCGCGACGCGCUCCCCAGUGCGCCUGCCGGAGGACGUGACCUUCGACUCACCCGGCAACCCCCCUCGACCGCCAUCCCGACUGGAAGCACACCACGUGCCCGCGUUGCGGCGCCGCCGCGGUGCGGGACACCGAUACGAUGGACACGUUCGUCGAUUCCUCCUGGUACUUCGCGCGCUUCUGCGCGGCCCGCGCCGAUGAGCCGCUGCCGGCAAGGGGAGGUCGCACCGUGGCUGCCGGUCGAUCAGUACAUCGGCGGCAUCGAGCACGCGGUGCUGCACCUGCUCUAUUCCCGCUUCUUCACCAAGGCGCUCAAGCUCUGCGGCCACGUCGACAUCGAUGAGCCCUUCGCCGGUCUCUUCACCCAGGGCAUGGUCGAGACCCGUACCGACGGACUGGUGGCUCGCGAGGAUGGGCGCCCGAUCGCCAUCGGCCGGUCGGAGGCGAUGAGCAAGUCCAAGCGCAACACCGUCGAUCCCGAGGCGAUCAUCGAGGCCUACGGCGCCGACACGGCGCGGCUCUUCAUGCUCUCCGACAGCCCGCCGGAGCGUGACCUGGAAUGGACCGAUACCGGCGUCAAGGGUGCGUGGCGUUACGUUGCGGCGCUCUGGCGCCUCGUCCUGUCGCCGCCCGUCGCGCUCCCGCCCCGCGACGUUGCGGCGCCGGCCCACGACACGCUGGCCACCCCCCUGCGCGGGGUGCGGAGGACCAUCCACAAGACCAUCGCCGGCGUGACCGAGGAUUUGGAGCGCUUUCGCUUCAACCGCGCGGUGGCGCGGGUGCGAGAGCUGACGAACGCGCUCGCGGCCAUGGAGGACGUGCCCGGCGCGGGCCACGUCAUGCGGGAGGGCCUGGAGACGGCCAUUCGCCUGUUGGGCCCGGUCGUGCCGCAUCUGGCCGAGGAGGCAUGGCGCCGUCUCGGUCAUGACAGCUGGCUGGCCCGCGAGCCGUGGCCGGAGCCGGACCCCGCGCUGCUCGCCGACGACAUCGUGGUCAUCGCCGUGCAGGUGGACGGCAAGAAGCGCGCAACGAUCUCGCUUCCGGCCGGUCACGGCAAGGCGGAAGCAGAGAGCGCAGCGAUGGCGGACGGCGGCGUGCGCCGGGCGCUUGCCGGCCGGGACGUGCGCAAGGUGAUCGUCGUGCCCGGGCGGAUCGUGAAUGUCGUCACCUGA